UCAAACAUAGUGUUGCGCUGCAUUAGGACUGGUAGCAUUGCAAUUCGCCAAGAUGUACAUCUGUGUAGUAGGUUUCCGGCGGACGUCGGCCGUAGAGCUUCAGCUGACCCCAAUAGAGUUCCGUGUUGAGGAGGUCAGACAUCAUUACAAGGUGGAGCUAGCUCUGGUGGAAGGCUUCAAGAAUGUCAUCAAGAUGUAUAACAAUGCAAAGACCUCAGACAAAAAGGGCUUAGCCGAGGCACAGAAAGGUUUGGUGGAAGCCAGUCACAAGCUGGAUAUCCUCAGAGAAGGUUUGGAGAAAAGAAUACAGGAACUACCUCCAGAUCAAUCCAGAGUAUCACAAAUCAAAGAAGAACUCAAGUCAGGCAAAAUGAAGUCUGACAACCCUCUUCCUAAACCUGCUGCCUUGACCGGAGUCCUUGAGGUGAGGAUAAUGGGAUGUCAGGAUCUCCAGGAGUCGAUUCCUUGUAAGGCCAGGAACAGCAUCACACUGUUGAACAGUCCAACUGAAAGCAAAGGUGGCAUCCUUAAUAGGGGGAAGACAUCAUUUCAUGGCAGGAACAGCUCACGAUCAUCAAGCGCAAAGGAAGAAAUAUCAAAUGAAAUCAGUGCUGUUAUGAAGUUAGAUGGUGUCCAAGUUGGCCAGACGCCGUUCAAACCUAUUAGUAAUCAAUGCUGGGAUCAGAAGUUCCUCUUCAAUCUAGAUAAAGCCCGUGAAUUAGAAAUCAAUGUUAGGUGGAAAGACUACCGGUCACUGUGUGCGGUCAAGUUUCUUAGGCUGGAAGACUUCCUGGAUAACCAAAGGCAUGGCAUGUGUCUCAAACUAGAACCCGAUGGGUUAUUAUUCACCGAAAUCACAUUCACCACACCUGUGAUAGAAAGGAGAACCAAACUAAGAAGGCAAAGGAAGAUCUUCCCUAAGCAUAAAGGUAAGAACUUCCUAAGGGCAGGCCAGAUGAACAUCAACGUAGCCACAUGGGGUCGCUUGAUGAAACGAGCCAUCCCGCCUGGUAUCACCCCUUCUGGAACCUCACCCCCGACGGCCAUCAGACCCCGCCCUCCUAUCCAAAGGUUAAGCUUUGGGGAGGGGGACUCAUCGGGAUCAGCAGGAACCAACUCACAAGAGGGCGAGGUGCCCUCACCGUCGCAGGAUAGGAUGGGUGGACAUGAAAUACAGGAUGCCCUGUCAUCAUUUGACUUCCUUAAUAACAGUGCAUCAGGUUCACCUAAGGUAGGAUCACCGUUACCCCCUCCAGCAGCCAGAUCUACACCACCACAGUCACCCGAGACCCAGGGGCAUAGAACUCAGGACAUAUCAGCCAUGGAUGAUGGAACUCUUAUGACAUUAGAGAACUUCAGGUUAAUAAGCGUGUUAGGUCGUGGUCACUUCGGAAAGGUGCUUCUUACAGAGUACAAGACAACAGGAGAAUUCUUUGCCAUCAAAGCCUUGAAGAAGCGGGAUGUGGUUGCAAGAGAAGAAGUUGAAAGCUUGAUGUGCGAGAAGAGGAUCUUUGAAGCCGCCAACUCCAUCCGACAUCCCUUCCUAGUCAACCUGUUUGCGUGUUUCCAGACUGAACAUCAUGUGUGCUUUGUCAUGGAGUAUGCCAUGGGAGGCGAUCUUAUGAUGCAUAUACACAACGAUGUCUUCACAGAGCCUCGUACUGUAUUCUACUCAGCGUGUGUGGUACUAGGUCUUCAGUAUCUCCAUGAAAACAAGAUUGUAUACAGGGAUCUGAAACUUGAUAACCUGCUCCUGGACCAAGAUGGCUUCCUGAAAAUUGCUGACUUUGGUCUGUGCAAAGAAGGCAUGGGAUACGGGGACAGGACCAGUACCUUCUGUGGGACACCCGAGUUCCUGGCUCCUGAGGUUCUUACAGAACCCCACUACACCAGGGCAGUGGACUGGUGGGGGCUUGGUGUACUUAUCUUUGAGAUGUUGGUAGGAGAGUCUCCUUUCCCUGGUGAUGAUGAAGAGGAAGUAUUUGAUAGUAUUGUCAACGAUGAGGUUCGCUAUCCUAGGUUCCUAUCUACAGAAGCAGUAGCCAUUAUGAGAAGGUUACUAAGGAGAAACCCUUUGAGAAGACUUGGAUCAAGUCAAAGAGAUGCUGAAGAUAUCAAGAUGCAAGGCUUCUUCAGGAAUAUCAAUUGGGAUGAUCUACUUAUGAGGAGAGUGACACCGCCAUUUGUACCAAACAUAGCGAAUUCCGAAGAUGUGAGUAACUUUGACGAGGAAUUCACGUCGGAGCAUCCUGUUCUUACGCCAGCCAAGGAUCCUCGUGCUCUCACUGAUGAGGAACAAGAGCAUUUUAAGGAUUUCAACUACAUUGCAGACUGGUGCUAGUAGGGUACUGGACAGCAAAGUAUCUGUGUGGGACUACAGUGAUAGGGGAUGUUACUUGUGCUUGUGAAUUGAGGAGUACUCAUUUUUGGUGACAGAAAAGUGAUAGGAUGGGACUACAAUACAAAGAAUGUAGUUGUUUCUUGUUUGUCCAGAUACCCUGUCAAAAAAUCACUCAUCCAUGAUGUAAACACACCAAAAUGAAUGUAUGGGACCGCACCUCCAAGGAAUGGAAUUUACAUAUUGGUAGCAAUGUGCUAUGGUAGCAAUCCAAUGAGAUGUUUUGAAUUGGAUCAUAUACCUCAUAAGAUACGCUGUGCACAGAGACCCAGGAAGCACCUCUGUUUAUAAUGCGUACAUUUUAGCCCCAAGCGUUGCAGAAAUGUUUGGAUUCAGACAAAAGUGACUGAGAAAUAUUGAAAAGAUCCUCAUCACCAUAUUACAGUGUAACAUCCAUUCAAAGAAGUGACAUCAGAGUCACUGCUUGGGACUAUGGAUGCUACUUGCAAACGUCAGAGUGACUGGAUGGGACUGUGCAUUCAGCUGGAUAGUUCACACCAAAUUGACUGCAUGGGACUCCAUGUAUCAUCUGAAAGUAGACCCCGGAGUAACUGCAUGGAACUGAGCAUACUGUAUGUUAGCCAACUCCAGAGUAACCACAUGGGACUAUGAGUGUGUUCUCUCAUUAUCUUGAGAGUCAAGACUUCCAAGCAAAGAAUCAAUCUUAGGGCAAUUAACUUGGCCUCUCAAUUAUGAUAUACAUGUAAAGUGAUGACAUUCCUUGACUUCUAAUCACUUUUCACACACCAGAUUGUGGAUCAUUAGGUGGGGCAUACACAGGAUCCGAUUCGUGUAGUAAUUGCUUUUCACACAACAGAUUCUGGAACAUUAGGUGAGGUAUACAUCAGAUCUGAGACAUGUAGUUAUCACCUUUAACACAACAGAUUGUGAUCAUAGAUAGGGGUUUACCUGUUCCGUUCUUACUCUUCAAUCUCUCUCACAUCUCCCCAAUAGAUACGUUUUCGUGAUAAAUGAUUCCCAUGCAAAAUUAAACGAAUCACGUUUCGCUCAGUGACCAUUAUCCUCUAUGCUUGUAACCUGUGGUGCUACAGCUACUAUAUGUCAAUAUGGUGCUUGGAAUAUGUCAAUUGUAUUUGAUAGAAAAAAUAUAUAUAUAUUGGAAUGAAUAUAUGGAAUGGAAAGAUAUAUUUUGAGGUGAUACAAAUGUUGAUAAGAUGUCAUUGAAUAGGCUUCCAUGUAUUAAAGAGCAAUUAACCAAUGGUAUCAGUCACCCAUGCCAAAAAAGCACAUAAAAUGUCACCUACAGAAUAACCAGGAGUCAACAAGAUCAUUUUGGACAUGCGCCCUUUAAUACUGCUCAGAAUCAGAUUGUCACUAAGGAUUGUUGCACCACUAGUUGAGUUUGACUUUAGAAACUCUUGUGACUUGAAAGUUGGAAUUAUUAGGAUCUACUUGAUUGGAAAUAUCUGCAAAGUGAUAAAUUACUUUUAACUCUACAAGUUUUGCUUUUGAUUAGUAAUCAUUUGCAAGUGUAUGAUUUCUUUCCAAGACUUAUGUCUGAUGUUGGGACCUAAGAUAGAUUUUCAAUUGAUAGUAAGUUUUUUGCAGGUACCCCCUAAGAUAUAUAAAGGACCAUAAUAUGGGUGGGUUAGGGUCUGUAUCAACCAAUGCCAAUACCCCCAAUUACUGUGAGAAUAUUCAAUGCAUGAAAGCGGCUAAGUCAAUAUGAAUUGUGCUUUAAUGGUUUUUAACAAGUAUUGUUUUGAUGCCUGAUGAAGCCACAUUUCAAUUCGAUGUUGAAAAUUCUCUCUGCCCUCCCCCCCCCAAAAAAAAAUGCCCUUCAUAAAACCCUAAAAUGGUCACCCCAAGUUGGCUUUUGCAGAUUUGACAAUAUUUUUGUCAUUGCUAACAUUAUAUCAUAAGAAAAUGGUAUUCCCUUUAGUAAAUCUUGAGUUGGGUAUUCAAACAAAAGAAGCAACAUAUUCUUGUGGAGGAUACCAUUUAUUUAAUACUCUAAAAUGUAGGAGAACAUUUAUGAAAGGAAUUGUCAGACGUUUUAUCUGACGACAAGUCCUGUUUUAUCUGAUUGUUACCAUAGUAACUGUCCUCCGCCAAUCACAUAGAGGGAGUUUGUCAUGAAACACUCACCGAUCAGUAGAUUUGGUUCACCUGACCUAUUUGGAUCUUCUAGAGUGUUAUCGUGACACGCAGAAUGCUAGCCAGUAAUAAAGGUAAAUGAAUAGUGUAUAUGAUGUUGUGAAUUGAAAAGGACUUUAAAUAUUUCCAUCCACAUUUAUCAGUACUUUAUCACUUGAUAUGGUAAGGAUUGAUAUUAUGUUCUGUCAUAUCAAGAACAAAGAAAAUUAUGUAUUCAUGACCACUUUAUGGUUAGUUUUAUUUCCCCUGAGAUAAUUUUCAGUUACAAUACUUCUCUCUCGGUGAUCUCUCAGUGGGAAUUGCACAACUUGAUUGGAAUUUGUAUUUUGUAGGAUAUUAAUUAGGACAAGUCUCGUUAUCUCACACAUUUGUGGUGAUUUUGAGUUGCCAAUUUGAGGAGAUGUACACUGAUGAGAGGCAUAAGUAUAUGCAUCUGAAAUUAUGUGUUCUCUUAAAGUGUGUGUUGGGAUUUAAUGCUCAAAACCUGUGCCUUUGAUUUCUUAUUGAGUUGAUCUGAAAUUAUUUCUGAAAUGAUUUCUACCUAGAGGCCCUUCGUAUAUAUUAUAAAGGUAAUACACAGUGUUUACUUUAAUAGGAUUUUAAUGGUAAAACAUUGAUUGUGUAAUGGUUUCAAAUUUACACAUCUUUUGAAUUUACUAUCCUUAUCCUUUUUUGGCCAGUACAACAAAACACUCUACCUUUAACAUUUUUUUGGGGGGGAAAGAAGUAGUGGAGGAAAUUUUGAAUUUUUUUCAACCCAAAGACUUCACAACAACGAUCAUUUAUAUCUAUGUCAGGGUAGGCUAUAUCAAUUAAUACUGAUUGUAUGAUCAAUUUAAGAUUAAUCAUCAUUUGGCUGUUAAACUUGUGUAUUACCUUUAAUGGACUUAAAAACGCCUGAUUUGUAUUUAUUGAGCACAUCUCUGCUUGGUGACUAUGAAAGUGCUAAUUACUUUUUAAACUUUAAGAAAGCCUCCACCUUUAUCAAGUGGGAGAUUUCGGUGUCAGAGAGCAGAAAUUGAAAAAUCACUAUUAUUCAACGAUUGAAUUUAUAUAUGUAUGGUAUCGCUUUUGUACAGUACAGUUUAUUUCUAUCAAAUUUAGUUUUCAUGAAUUUUUUUAAAUUCCAGUACAGGACUCUUAUAUAGGCAUUUUAUAUCAUUCAUAUCCACCAAUUUUGUGUGGGUGAGCUAUUUAUUAAGAUAUUGUAUUCAAAUUUUUUUGCUUCUGUCUAAAAAAAAGGCUAUUUUGAAAAUAGUCUUGUAGGUUUAAUUUGCAUUAUACAAUGUUUAUUUAAAAGAUAGUUAUUUCUAACUAUGUUUUUGCAACAGUUGAAUUUGUAAAUAUUUUUUGUACAUUUCUCUGGCUCUAAUACUGUCAUAAAUUGUUGUGAUGCGAUAUGUUUAUUGGGAGAUAAAAAGACCAACAUGAAUAUU